UUCAGGAGAAUGGCGUCGGCACUGCUGCGGCCGCUAUUGCCAGAGGGUUCCCGGCGCCUACUGGCUGCCACGACGGGACGUUCCGCGGUUCGCCUCCAACCGCAGCGAGGUAACCAGCGCUGGGUCCGCGCUUAUCUGGAGCAGCAGCGGCGGCUGGAGCCUCCAAUGCGCCGUUCUGAGAAGCCUAACUGGGAUUAUCAUGCAGAAGUGCUGGCUUUCGGCCACCGGAUACAUGAGAAGUUUUCAUUGAACGUCCUCAAAACUGCAUUUGUUAAUCGUUGUUAUAUUAAACAUGAAGAGUCCAGACGCCAAUCACUGGGACUAGAGAAAGAAGCAGUUGCUCUUAAUCUCAAGGACAAUAAUGAACUUUCUCUGCAAGGGACAUCUUUUACAUGCUCUUACCUCAAACAGUGCUUUGAAGAGGCUUAUCCAGAAAUGCCACCUGCAGGCAUUGAGGCCCUUGUUAACUUUCUCACCAGUGAAGAAUCAGUGUCUUACUUGGCCAGAAACCUGUCUCUUCAAGACUUGACACUUUGUGCAGAAUUUCCUGUGCCACCUACUGUGCUUCAGCAUACUUUCUUUGCUGUUAUAGGGGCAUUGCUUCAAAACAGUGGCCCUCAGAGAACAGAGAUCUUUGUCAGGGACUUUGUCAUUCCUCAACUGAUAGGAAAAGAACUGUUUGAGAUGUGGAAUGUUAUGAACCCCAUGGGCUUGCUGCUGGAGGAACUGGCGAAGAGGAAGAUAUCUGCUCCAGAACCUAGGCUAACCAGACAGUCAGGAGCUACCACUGCCCUGCCCUUGUACUUUGUUGGAUUGUAUUGUGAUAAGAAGCUUCUGGCUGAAGGUACUGGUGAAACAAUAUUAGCUGCUGAAGAAGAGGCUGCUCGUGUGGCCCUGCGGAAACUGUAUGGGUUCACUGAGAACAGGCGACCCUGGGUUUAUUCUUCUCCACAACGGGAGCGGAGAGCAGAAAAUGCUAUUAGCAGCAGUUAGGCAGAAAAGGUUCCUUUUUCCAUAUGCAAUGAUUCUGCAUUUCAGGGAGCAAAAUGUAAGGAGUGAAUGAUUAUGAAACCUGGGUUCUAAAAAUACUAAUUUCCCUUUCUGCAAAUAAAUUCAGUGGUAUAAGA